AGCGCUCGGCCGCUCGCCUUGUUUUCCCGCCUCGGGCCGGGCGCCCUCAGUAGCCCGCCCUGAGGGCAAGGGCAGCAGCAGCCCGCAUCCCGUGCGCCUCUCCUCCGCUUCCUUUGUGUGCGCGCGCGAGUGAGGGGAGCUGAGGCGGCGGCGGCGGAGGAGGAGGUGGAGCCGCUCUCUCUUCCUCGCUUGUCAAGAGUGAGGCGCUCCGGCGGAGGGAGGGAAGGGGGAAAGGCGAAGGCAGGGAGCUGGCGGGGCGGCUCCAGAGUCUCUCCACCUCUCCUCCUCCUUCUCCUCUCCGGCGGAGAGAAAGGAACUGGACGCAGCGCGGGGCCCUUCGCCGGGCAGCCCGGGCGGCUUCUCCACCGCCUCGCGGAGGCUGAAAGGGGCGCGAGCGGAGCGGCGGCAGCAGCACGUUGUUUGGCUGGGCGGCAAGGCGAGCCCCGGUGCCAGCGGCAGCAGCAGCAGUAGCGGGUGCUGUUGCUGCUGCUGCUUUGCUCAGCGCGGCUCCGGCACUUUGCAAUGGGUCGGGGGCGGCAGCCGGAGAGCAGCAACAGCAGCCGUAGCACCUGGGCUAGUCACUAAGGAACCCGAGAGGAAGAGGAUGGCCACCUCCAGCAACUCCAGUUUGUCGGGCUCCUCGGUUUCCUCCGAUGCUGAAGAGUAUCAGCCCCCAAUAUGGAAAUCAUACCUGUAUCAGUUACAACAGGAAGCACCUCGUCCCAAGAGAAUAAUUUGUCCUCAAGAGGUGGAGAACAGACCGAAAUACUACGGACGAGAGUUUCAUGGGAUCAUUUCUCGCGAGCAAGCCGAUGAAUUGCUUGGAGGUGUAGAAGGAGCAUAUAUUCUCAGAGAGAGCCAGCGGCAGCCUGGAUGCUAUACCCUAGCUCUCAGGUUUGGCAAUCAGACCUUAAACUACAGGCUUUUUUACGAUGGGAAGCACUUUGUAGGGGAAAAGAGGUUCGAGUCAAUCCAUGAUUUGGUAACAGACGGCUUGAUAACACUGUACAUAGAAACCAAGGCUUCUGAAUAUAUUUCAAAAAUGACGACAAACCCUAUCUAUGAACACAUUGGAUAUGCCACUUUGCUUAGAGAAAAAGUAUCCCGGAGACUGAGUAGAUCAAAAACUGAAUCGAGAAAAGCUAGUGUAACCACAUGUGAAGAAAACGCACCAGUUGAAAAGAUCACCUCUUUGGUCCGAAGAGCGGCGUUAACGCAAAACGACAACCAUUUCAACUAUGAAAAAGCACACAAUUUUAAGGUCCACACGUUCCGAGGUCCACAUUGGUGUGAAUACUGUGCCAACUUCAUGUGGGGACUCAUUGCUCAGGGAGUCAGAUGCUCAGACUGUGGAUUGAAUGUACACAAACAGUGUUCAAAAUACGUCCCCAAUGACUGCCAACCAGACCUCAAGAGAAUCAAACGAGUCUACUGCUGUGACCUCACCACACUAGUGAAGGCCCACAAUUCACAGAGACCCAUGGUAGUGGACAUAUGUAUUCGAGAAAUCGAAGCAAGAGGUUUGAAGUCAGAAGGGAUUUACAGAGUCUCGGGGUUCACUGAACACAUUGAAGAUGUCAAAAUGGCCUUUGAUCGAGAUGGUGACAAGGCAGACGUCUCUGCCAACAUAUAUCCAGACAUAAAUAUUAUUGCUGGAGCACUGAAGCUGUAUUUCAGAGAUCUGCCUAUCCCGGUUAUCACCUACGAUACGUAUUCCAAGUUUAUAGAUGCAGCAAAGCUCUCCAAUGCUGAUGAAAGACUAGAAGCUGUCCACGAAGUGUUGAUGUUACUUCCUGCAGCACACUAUGAGACUCUGCGAUACCUGAUGAUUCAUCUCAAAAAGAUUACCAUGAAUGAAAAAGACAAUUUUAUGAACGCUGAAAAUUUGGGAAUAGUGUUUGGACCUACUUUAAUGAGACCCCCAGAAGACAGCACUCUUGCUACACUCAAUGACAUGCGGUACCAGAAACUCAUUGUGCAAAUAUUGAUAGAAAACGAAGAUGUUUUGUUUUAAAUGAACAAAGCUGUAAACUCAUGGCCAUCUGCUAUGAAAAUAUAAGUUCAAAGGGAAAACAAAUUCCCAUAAGAAAAAAAAGGGUAGCACAUUAUUUUCUGCAGUGUUGCAGAUGAACACCAAAACAUUUAGUUAAAAGGGGAAUGUCUUAUAGACAUAUGCCUCUUUUUUAAUUAUUUAAGAAAGAACAAAGGUCAGAAGAAAAGCAUUUUGCCUUGUAUCUUUUGCCUUGCUUCCAGUGUUAACGAUGUAGAAAGGUUACAGACUGUUCUACUGUAACUUAUUAAAGGACACAAACUUUGUAUUUUAUUUAGAUCAUUGAAGCAAAAAGGUACUUUCAACCUGAUGCUCAAAGUAUUAUGCUGGCACAGUUCCUAAUGAAAAGAACUGGGUCAGCAUAGCAGAUUUGUAGGAUUGUUGUAGUAAACCCUGAUUCAAGAGGGUAAACCAUAUAUGGGGGGGGGGAACAGGUUUCUUGCAUCCCGUUUUGGCAUGCAAUGAUUUCUAGAUCAUGGUAGUUAUGUGGAAAUAAGUGGCAUUGGACUUGAUGGGAUUUAUUUUCCCCAUGACAACCAUAAUGUAGCGCUCAAGACAUGCUCUCUACUAUUUCAGUUGUGUUCCUCUUACUGAAAAUAAUGGAAAAUUAAGUAGUAGGAUUGUAACAAUGUCCAUGAUCUGAUUCCAAGCAGAGCUUCUGUACAGGCAGGGUCUUCCUGGUUUUCUUCUAUGAACUGUAUAAUGCCUUGUAUACAACAAAGAAUUUCUGUAUACAGUCGUACCUUGGUUUUCGAACAGCCUAGUUCUCGAAUGUUUUGGCUCCCGAACGAUCGAAACCUGGAAGUGACUGUUCCAGUUUUCGAACGUUCUUUUGGAAGCCGAACGUCCAAUGGGGCUUCCACGACUUCCGAUUGGCUGCAGGAGCUUCCUGCAGCCAAUCAGAAGCCGCGCUUUGGUUUUUGAAUGCUUUGGAAGUCAAACGGACUUCCGGAAUGGAUUCCGUUUGACUUCCAAGGUACAUGGGUAGCAUUUCUAUUCACACAGGAGAAAAGGAAGACCCUACAUUCAGGAUAUUUUAUCUUGUCCAGUAUCUUAAGGAUCAGGUUGUUUGUCAGUAUUAGUUUUUAUAGGGGUAUACGAUUUCUUUCUAAUUAAGACAUAAUUAUACUAUGUCUAAAUGGAAACAAACAUGUAUUUAAAGUAUAUUUUUAUUUUAGUUUGCUGCAGGAAUGUCGUUUUAUUUUAGCAAGAUAUAAUUCAAUGCGGUGCAUUGAUGACUUUCCGUAUAGUUCUCUUAAGCAUUAUUGCUAUGGAUAUUGAAAACAUUUACCACUAGUGCAGUAUUACCCUGACAUACCUCUUUCAUUGCAAAUGCUUUUAAUGAGACUUCAUUUCUCAUGCUCAUCUUAAUAUUAUUUGGUUUGUUAUGUUCUAGCAAUUCAUGUUCUUUGCUUUUAGAGGUAUACAAAUACAGUAUUCUAUUUAUCCACCCUCCUUUCAAAAAGAGGAGGAUCAAAGGUUUAUAAACAGACACUAGCAUCAACUACUACACGUAACACAUUUUUUGGAGUACAGUAAUGUUUAAAAUAAGUGAUGCCAGAAUAUUGGAUAUUACCUGGCCUUGCUUAAAAGUUAGCACUUAUUUAGGGUUAAAUUUUUAUUAUUAUUUCUAAAAAUCAAGUUGCAUUACUUUGCUUCUGUAUUUAUAAAAGUAAAACAUCUGUAAAAUUACACACUUUUCUUCAGUGUCUUCUGACAAAUUUGUUAAUAAAGGAAAGAGAGGUGAAGGAUAGAGAAUUUGUAUAUUACCAAAUCUCAUGGGGGGGGGGGGAAUAUCUUUGAAAAGGUUGACCUCUCAAUGCAAUAUAAUGAAAUUCAUCCUAAUAUUAGACUUUUUUCUCACAUGGAAUUUUCUCGUGAGAUUUUUUUGUACAAAUAUUUCAAACACAAAGGUAGCAUAGUUUAUUACAAAACUGAAUUUGCAAUACAAAAGACUCUAUUGAGCUCUGCUCUUAAUUUGUACAAAUCCUAAGUUUCAAAACCCAAUUAUGCUGUUUUCUGAAUUAUUUCAGGGAGCAUAGGUUUCUAUUAAAAUUGGGUUGGGGAGUGUGCAACAUGGAUAAUGAAGAAAGAGUAAAGACAAAAGGAGGCACAUGAAAUAAUGUAUAUCAGUUAUCCUUUACAUAGGUCACCAAGGGCUAAGCAGACAGACCCAGGCUGCAGGCCAGAUGUAAGUGAGGUCUGCUUUGCUGGUACAAUGCUAGAAGGGAUUCUCCUAAGUUGUACAGAUUUCAAUUGUUGUAGGUUUAUGUACUAAAUACUGUCAUAAAAUGGUAUGGAAAUGGUUUUAUUUUGUGAAGUGAAAUAUGCUUUGUAAUUUAUGAUAGUGUAAAUGGAAAGGGGGGGAAAUAUCCCAUUAAAUGUGUUGAGUCCCUGUC